AUGCUAAAAGAGGGAGAGAAAUUGGUCUUAGAUGACAAAUUCCAGAACAACACAGAAGAUGUUUGUCACUGCGCUAAAUAUAAAUGUUCAAAAGACAAAGUAUGUCUGAACAACGAAAGAGGCAUUCUGCUUCCAGGACAAUCCAUUGUUGAACACUCAUCUAGUGGCAUUUGUCACAUUUCAUACUGCACAAGUGUACUUGACCCUGCUACCAAGUUUUAUCAGAUGAAUACUUCCAUCAUUGAUUGUGCAGCAAGGUGCAAAUCUCAUCAAGUAUAUGAACGACCAAAGGAUCUAACAACUUGCUGUGGAAAAUGCAAGAAUGUGUCUUGUGUUUACACAUUCACCAAUGGAACAAUUUCAUACUUUAAGCUUGUGGCAUUUGUUCUGAUCGAAUUCCCAUAUGUCAAGAAGGAGAAAGGCUCGCUGUGGAUGGCAAUACCACUGACAGAUGUUGCCCUGAUUAUCAGUGUG